AUGUCCUCCAAGAUCACCAUCUUCUACAUUGGGGCAACGGGAUACAUCGGCGGUAGCGUCCUCCAGGCGAUUCUUGCGCAUCCGAAAGCAGACACCUUCGAGGUCACCGCCCUCGUCCGCAAUGAAACUAAGGCGAAGGCGAUCGAGAAAGCUCUUGGUAUCAAGACCGUCCUCGGCUCCCUCGAGGAUGAUGCCCUCCUGACCGAGUACAGCGAGAAGGCGGACGUCGUCUUCCAGAACGCGAGCGCGAAUGCUUUCGACGCGACGAAGGCCAUCCUAGCCGGGCUCAAGCAGCGAUUUGACAAGACGGGCAAGAAGCCCCUCUUCUUCCACACCUGGGGCAUCGCGGUCCUGGUCGACAACGCGCUUGGCGAGUACCUCUCGCCCACCGUCACCUCCGAUUACGACCUCGACACGAUCGACAAGCUUCCCAAGACGAUCAUCAACUCCCGCGUCGACAAGCUCCUGGUCGAGGCGGACGCAGACGGGUACACGACGACGUUCAUCAUCGCCCCGGCUAUCAUUUACGGACGUCCCCGCGGCCCGCUCUUCGACGGGCCCGCCCCGAUCUCCGCGCUGGUCACCGGCGUCGUGACCAGAUGGGCGGCGGCCGCUGCCAGGAAGGGCCGCCCGGGCAUCAUCGGGAAGGGCGCGAACGCGUGGGGGUACGUGCACAUCGACGACAACGCGGACGCGUACUACCGCCUGUUCGACGCGGCGCUGUUCGGCUCCGCGCAGGUCUCGCACGGGCGCGAGGGCUACUUCUGGAUCGAGGCCACCGAGCACACCGCUUACGAGGUCCACAAAGUCAUCGGGGAGGCCCUUGUCGCGCUUGGGGUGAUCGGCGAGGCGGAGCCGGCCGCGCUGACCGCAGACGAGCAGGUGAAGUUCUACGGGAGCGAGGAGUACGCGGCGUUCUUCGCCGCCAACACACGCAGCAAGGGAGACAGGCUGCGGAAAGAGUUGGGCUGGGCGCCGAAGCACACGGCGCAGGAAGAGUUCAUUAAGGACAUCAAGGAGGACACUGAAGUGGCUGCGAAGGCGCUCAAAGCGUAG